AUGUUGAACGUGGCUUUAUCAACCGAUGUCAACUUGUUAGCUUUCAAAUCUGUUCCGGGGCUGUCAACAAACCAACCGAAAAUCUUCUACCGCAUGUCGACGACCCACGGAUACCCUCAAGUGCGGAAGAUAACAAAAACUAUUGCUGCACGCGUAUAAAGAACAUCCAUUGUGCAAGAUAAAUCUCUGCAGUUGCCAAGCGUACACAUUCGCUUAGAUAUUAAUGCUGCAGAAGAUAAUAUACAUAUGUACUUGUACUUCGUAGAGUCUGUUAUCUGUUAGAAACACAAUAGACUGCGGGACCCCAGAAAGACGCACAAAUCGAACUCAAUUUAGCAACGCUCAGAAAUUCGCCAACUCAGCAAAUUUUGUAUACCGAACGGAAACACAUUUUAAAUUGCGAUACGAGCGUCACACAGAAUGACUCGGGGUGUCAUUGUUUGAGCGAUUGUUGGUGUGGUGGCCAAACGACGACGCAAACAAGAAAAACUAUACAUACACAUGUACAUAUUUUAAUAUGUGGCUCCGUUUGCGAUAAGUGUAAUAUAAAACUCGCUCUUCACCCGAAACUCUAUGGGCCCCGGGAGAAAACCACAAAGACAGCCGAGUCCAACCCACUCUACCUGCCGACAGUUGCCGUUGAGUCACCCAACUACCUGUUGAUGCCAGCCUGCGAUUGUUCGCUCUGUUCUUGUAGGUAGCAUUUUAGAACGAAGACAUCACGUCGCUCUGUUCGCUGGACGUGUGCAGCUGCUUCUCCACACAACGCCUGUGCCAGUCGAUGCGACCAAAACUGGGAGGCGGACGAACGCGUAAAAUGAGCAACAACUACAACGACAUACCCUUCGGCAUACGGAUAGUGCAGAAAUUGUCGCGACAAUGCUGCCCCCGCCUGCACGCCCGCCGAGAUCUGCUCUACAAGGUAUCAAUUUUUGUGCUGACUUUUCUUGCCUAUGCCUGCUAUCACAUGUGCCGAAAACCGAUUUCGGUGGUCAAAUCGGUUCUCCAGGGAAACUGUUCCUCUGCGCUGGCAGCCCAACUGCACGAAGGCCAGGACUGUGGCUAUGCUCCUUUUGAUGGACCCGAUGCCACCAAACUGUUCGGCAUGCUGGACUCGGCGUUUCUCUUCACUUAUGCCAUUGCCAUGUUUGCGUCUGGUUUUGUGGCAGAGCGCGUUUCCCUGCGCUACUUUCUGUCGAUGGGAAUGAUCCUCACUGGCAUCUUCACGUACAUGUUUGGCAUUGCCCGCACCUCCAAUAUACACAGUCUCUGGUACUUUAUCCUUAUCCAGAUCGGUGCCGGCAUAUUCCAGACCACGGGAUGGCCAGGCGUGGUCACGCUGGUGGGUCGCUGGUUUGGCAAAUCAAAGCGCGGCCUCAUAUUUGGCAUCUGGAAUAGUCACACGUCCAUUGGCAACAUAUUGGGCACCUUAAUAGCGGCGCAUUAUGUGGAAAGCGAUUGGGCCAUGUCCUUUGUGGUGCCUGGUAUAGUCAUUGGCGCCAUUGGUUUUCUACUCUUCCUGUUCCUGGUGGAUCAGCCGGAGAUUGUGGGAUGCUAUCCGGACAGCGUGCCGCACGAGCGUCGUGUUACCAACGACUCGGACGAGGAGCAUGGCGACGAGGAGCAAGUGCGCCACAACGAUGCCGAAAUCAGCUACAGAUCGACGCCAACGGAACGCACACCAAUCUUGGCUCGUUCCCAGUCGCAGAACCAUCCGAGGGAGCACGGAGCUGGUCGUCCCAUCAGCCUCAUCGAUGCUCUAUAUAUACCUGGCGUUGCGGAGUUCUCGUUAUGUUUGUUCUUCACCAAGCUGGUCAGCUAUACAUUCAUGUACUGGCUGCCCUUGUACAUACAGUCUUCCAGCACACUGGGUCCCACUUUGUCCGCUGAUCUGUCUACACUCUUUGAUGUGGGUGGCAUUUUCGGGGCCAUAGCUGCGGGCUACUUAUCCGAUCUGACUGGAAUGUCGGCCACCAUCUGCAUGGGCAUGCUCUUCAUAGCUUCGCCCAUUCUACUGAUGUAUCAACAGUACGGCACAUUGUCAGUGUCCAUCAGUGUGCUGCUGCUAAUUGUGGUCGGCAUCUUUGUGAACGGCCCGUAUGCAUUGAUCACGACCUCGGUGAGUGCAGAGCGCGGCCAGGACAGCUCCUUGGAGGGCAAUGCCAAUGCUCUGGCCACUGUGACGGCCAUCAUCGAUGGCACUGGCUCGAUUGGUGCAGCUGUGGGGCCGCUGCUGGCCGGCCUGAUCUCCACCACUGGCUGGCAAAAUGUCUUUUACAUGCUCAUCAUAGCCGACAUCCUUGCCAUGCUGUUGCUGAGUCGACUGGUCGUCAAAGAGUUCGCCUCGCUGCGGAGAUCACCGACACGUAUUCGCAUCGAAUAA